AGGAGGAUGGAGGAGUGGAAGAGGGAGGUAACCCGUGAGCUGAGCAGCCUGCGGGGUCAUGUCAACAGAAACACGUCGCUAGGCAACCUGGAGGAGAGUUUCAGCUCCAAACUACGCAGAGAAGAGGUGGAUCAGCUAAGGAGAGAGGUUGACCAGCUCAAGACCAAACUGAUGAGACAGGAGGAGGAUGUGUUCCAGCAACAGUCUGAGGCUAGAGAAACACGGAGACAGUAUGAACGCAGCUGCAAGACGCUGGAGAAUCUUACAGACAGUUACCGCACACACAGCUUUGACCUGGCCAGGACCAUCUCCCAGUACCAGAACACCCAACAGGAAGUCCGGGACAUCAGGGUGACUGUAUCGGAGCUGAAGGAUGAGGUGAGAGGACUGAUUCUGCGGGACAGGCUACCCACACCUGCAGCAGCACCUCAGAGGCCAGCUCUUGCCUCAGCGCCGGUCGCCAUGGAAACCAUCCCCCGGAGGCAGCCGGCGGGAGCGGCGGCGGUGGCAGCAGCGUCUGCGUUGGUGGCGGGCCUGGACUCUGACAGCGACUUCAGUCCCACCCCUAGCCUGGGGGAUGUGAGCUCCGACGACCUGGACUUGUCCUGGCCCUCCAAGCGCGAGCCAGUUCAACAAAGAAUCAAGCGCCGGGGAAAUCCGACCAUUCGGCUACCUGGAAGUGACUUCAGUGACGGAGGAAGUGGACUAGAUGAUGAUGAUUACACCGACAACGGUGGUGUGCUUGGACACCUGUCAGACAGUCCACCUGAACUAAGUCUCAGCGACCUUUGACCUCAAAACAAGAAGGGACUUUUUAACGGAACAAUAGUGGCCCCACACCUCAUGUCCUGUCAAGGGAGUAUUUCCAGAGGCGAAAUCUAGACAAGUGACGUCGUAGUUCUCGGUUCUAGAGCUCUCGGUCAGCUUCAAGUGACUUACACAAACAUAGAGUAUUUUAAGUACAUGGUUAAAUUAAACUGCUUAAUUUACCAUAGGAUGCAUUUUGUGAAUGCUCCACACUAUGCUACCUGGAGGUGCUACAAAAAAAACACAAGGCUUUCUUUUUCUUAUACUGUAGCCUUAACAGCUGCACCACCUUCAAGUGGUGAAUGUAUGUAUUGUCUACCUUAACACUACACAUUUUAACCUAAUUAACCAUCUUCAUUUUAGAAACAAGUAUCUGUGGAUAAUGGUGUCAAGAUUUUGUUGUAAGUGGUGGGAGGACAGCUUGCCAUCGCAUUUCUGCUGUCACAAGACUUUAAUUGUGUGGUGCUAUUAUCUGUGUAGGAUAAGAGGUGGACACAAAUUACUGAGCUAUUUGGAGAUGUCCUUGCACUCAGCUUUAACCUGCCGUGCACUCCUCUGCACAUUUAAAUGAGUUUUCCCAUUCACAGCUCAAGUGGCCGUGUUUAGCGGAGUGAAAGGGUGCAUGAAAAAGGAUUAUCAUUUUCAUUUUCACAAUGACUGGCUGCAGGUUGGCCCAUCUGCAUGCUGACCCAGUGUUGAACACAAAGUCAAAUCAUCGUCCUCAGGCAGACUGUAAAAAGUGUGUGUGUGUGUGUACACACACAUGUGUAUGGGGGUGGCAAGUGCCCCUAAAUGGAGCCAUGCCAUCCUUACAAAGUCCCCCCCAUAACAACACACACACACACACACCCUAAAUCCCUUGUCCUUCCACACCCUGUCCUGUGUAAACGCAUUAAGUUCAGGGCUCCACGUUGGCUUACUGUACAUCAGUGACGUUCCCAAAAGCUGUUUAAUAUUUCAGGAGCAGUCGGGCUAUUCUCCUUCUCUCCCUGCAUCCUGCCUAAUUAAUGCAGCAGAGACCAGGGCCAGUGUCCUGUGGCCAGACACCCCCCGCGGAGGGACGAGCCGGAGCGGACCCCAUCUCCAUGGCUUCUCCCCCAGCAGGAGACCGGGCGGGAGGGGUGGACACCGCCACACAGAUGUGCUCGC